AUAAGAUUGUAUUAAUUUACUUAACAUUUCCUGGUCUAUAAAUCACACAUUUAAAAUUAGGUCAGUGUAGCCUAUACCCAUACCCAUACUCACACUCAAACUGUAUGUCACGUUUAUUGUUGUUGUUAUUGGUGUGUUUUUUUUUUUGACUCAUCAUCAACUCACCUCAAAGACUGUACAGGAAAUUACUAUAAUAACCAUUGUAACACUAUUUUUUAUCAUGACUGGCUUAACAGGAUUUUUCAAAAAUGCAUUAUGUAUUUUAAGUUAUUAUUAUUAAUAAUUAAUUAAUUAUUCAUGAAUUAGACCCCUGCUGCUUCAAAAAAAUCUUUAUUUUUUUUUUGUUGUUUUUUUAAUACUUGUUUGUCUUUUAAAUUCUUUUUAAAGUGUUAGUUCACCCAUUAAUUACUCAUUAAUUACUCACCCUCAUGUCGUUCCAAACAGGGUUGCCAGGUUUUCACAACAAAACCCGCCCAACUGCUACUCAAACUAGGCCAAAAGUAGCCCAAUCACAUUUUAAGGGGAUCCCCCGGAAAAAAAUGCAUUCCGGGGUGUAAAAUACACAUUUUUUGAUGGGGUUUCCAUGGUAAAAGUAGCAUUCCAGGGGCUAAAUAUUACAUUAUUGGGGUCACUUCAACCCCAAUACGCGGACAUAAAAAACAACCCACGGCAACAGUGUUAAAGUCGCCCAAGGUCCAGAAAGGUACCAAAGCGCAUACAUUGUUUACGUGCAGAUCAAAGCACAUGCAUGCACCGUGGUUGAUUAAAGUUAUUUUAUUUUCUUUUUUGCACACAAAAAGUAUUCUCAUAGCUUCAUGAAAUUACGGUUGAACCAGUGAAUGUCCCAUGGACUAUUUUGUUGAUGUUCUUGGUACUUUUCUGGACCUUGAACGUGGUAGUUGCGUUGCUGUCUGUGGAGGGUCAGAAAGCUCUCGGAUUUCAUAAAAAAUAUCUAAUUUGUGUUUCGAAGACGAAUGCAGGUCUUACAGGUUUGGAGCGACAUGAGGGUGAGUAUUUCAUUUUGGGUGAACUAGCCCUUUAAGUCCCCUUGGAAGUUUGGCGGGGCCCCCUGGUGGACCUGGCCCCGCUUCAAGUUUAAGAAGGUCUUGUCAGACCAGCUGAGAAGUGUCCAAAUCCCCCAUCUUAGACUGGUUUAAGAUGUUAUUGUGAAGCAGGGUAAGUAAAACCUUUAUAUUUACAUAGAACUUUUCAUUUUUAUUUGUAUAGUCCUUAAAAUGAAUGUUACACAUACCUGGGCUUAAAACAUGCAGAGGCAUGUAGGUUAUUAGAUGUAUUAACAAACCGAAUUGCUGGUGGGUGAUUUGUGUGACUCAGAAAGACAAGAUAACAAAGGCAGGGGAUCUGCUUUGAUAACCUUUACUUACUUCACAGAGCCUUAUUUGUGUAAAUGUGAAAUAUAUUAAGAAAAAGAAAAGAAAGAUGACCUAGAAUGAUCUGUGUACAUUUGACUAAAACAACUGAAGAUGAAAGACUUUGAGUAUGUCUAAUAAAUUACAUUUAUCACUUGCACUCUUCAGCCGUCUUGAACAUUCCAGUCGUCUUGAGAUAAACGUUCUAUGGCAAAACUGAAAGGAUACGAAACUUCACUUCUGUCAACACACUGUAAAUAUAUCUGCUGCCUUUCUGUCUGUUUUAGCCAUAAACAGCAGGAGAAGAGCAUCGUGUGUGAGCCGGAGCGUAUGUUUGUCUAUGCUAGUGUCUAGUGGAGAUGGAAGACAGAUGUCUGAUGUCAGAUGUUCGGUUGGUCGAGGACCGUGGUCAGCCGGAGAAACCGACCAGACGCACCUCAACUGCGGAUCAUUCCUGCUCUCUGCUAUGGAAGUGCAUUGAAAUGGGUGAGCAGAUAAUAGAAAGAAAGCAGCUCCAACCAGUUUGAAACGACAUGAGGAUUGGGCCUACAAAGAGCCCGAUGUAAAAACUCCAUCAACCUGAACACACAUCCCUAUUCUCCAGAGCAAGCAUGUUAAAUCGGGUGUUGCAUGGAUCAUUGACCACUAUCAGUUUAAACAGACAUUGUCAAUCAGGUGCUGCAGAUGCUCCAGGAGUGAAUCGGAGCUCUUAUAGUUCCCUCUGCUGGUCUCUUGCUGCACAUCACAGAAAUCUUCAAGAGAAGCCAUUAAAGCACCCACCGUCCAGCCAUUCAGACGGGCACUCCGAGAGAGUCUGCAAAGCUAUGGGAAGUAUAACAUUGAAGGAUCAGAAAAAAUACAAGAUGCCGUUUUCAAGAGGAAAGAAGCCUACCACCAGUAAAAUACCCAAGCUUCACCCCAAAGGACUGGAGAACCAGGAUGGGCUUCAGACCAAGCGCUCAUCAUCUUCUCCCCAAGGGGCCCCUAAGAAAAGAACUGCUUUUGUGGACAUUACCAAUGCACACAAGAUUGAGCUAAGCAACCCCAUCAAGAAGAAAGAUCCUGUCAAGAAGCUGCAGAAGAAGAUCUCAGUGCUUUCUAAGAAUGAAAUCAACUUAAAAUCUGUGGUCAAUUCAGAGGAAAAGUUAGAGGAGCUGAAGAAUGUGGAGUCAAAUAUUGAGAAACUGGAAGAACCUUCUUCCAAAGCUCCAAUUCCUCCACACCUACUGCCUCCAGAGAUCCCUCCAGAGUUUGACAUUGAUUCAGAGCACAUCAGCGACUGUACGCAUACAGUGGAGUACGCCAAAGAUAUUUUUGACUACCUCAAGAGCAGAGAGGAAAAGUUUGUCUUACAUGACUACAUGGAAGAUCAGCCAAGUCUGAACAGCAAUAUGAGAGCCAUUCUGGUGGACUGGCUGGUUGAAGUCCAGGAGAAUUUCGAGCUGAAUCAUGAGACUCUGUACCUGGCUGUGAAAAUGACAGAUCAUUAUCUGGCUGUGAGCCAGGCCAAACGGGAGUCUCUACAGCUCAUUGGUUCCACUGCCAUGCUCAUUGCUUCUAAAUUUGAGGAGCGGGCUCCACCUUGCGUGGAUGAUUUCCUUUAUAUUUGUGAUGAUGCCUACAAGCGUUCUCAGCUCAUCACCAUGGAAAUCAGCAUCCUGCAGGCGCUGAACUUUGACAUCAAUAUUCCUGUUCCAUACCGCUUCCUCCGUCGCUAUGCCAAGUGUGUGAAUGCAGGUAUGGAUACUCUGACUCUGGCGCGCUUUAUCUGUGAGCUGAGUUUGCUGGAGAUGGAGUUUGUGCCCGUGAGAGCGUCUUUACUCGCCUCUGCCUGUCUGCUCAUCGCUCUGGUUACUAAGGAUAUGGGAGGAUGGACACAGUGUUUGCAGUUCCACUCUGGAUACAGUGUGGAGGAUCUGGCACCUGUGGUCAGAAAACUUCACGAUAUGCUCAUCAGCCCGCCGGACAGUAAACUCGCCGUUGUUAGGAGCAAGUAUGCACACAAGGUUUUCUUUGAAGUCGCAUUGAUCCCCACAGUGAGUCUGGAAACGUUGGAGGGUUUUUUGAAAUGACCUGAAAAAUAUAUGUAAUACUUCGAACAUUGUAAAUAAUUAUAUUUAAUGUUAUAUUUUAAUUUUUUGAAAUAAAGUGUUUAUGUGUGUAAAUUUACAUGUAUAUGCAUGUUUUCCAUUGUAUGUUUGACUAUUCAGUUGUUUAUACAAACCAUGUUAUUCUUGAUCAGAACACAUGCCAGUGACCCUAUCAGUGUUUCAAAAACUGAUAAAGUACAAACAUAUGGUUCAAUAUAUUAGGUCAUUAGAUUUGUGGUGUUGUUAAAUGUUGGUACUAAAAAGGCAUUUUAAUGCUUAAUCUUGUACAUAUAUCUGAUUUUGUCUUUUUCGUACUGCUUUGUAUAAUUCGCCAAGUCUGUAUG